ACACACUUCGCCUUACGCCGCCUAACACCCUCUCUUCCAGGAACCCUCCACACCACAGACAUGGCCUGCUACGACCUCUGCCGCCCCUGCGGACCCACCCCGCUGGCUAACAGCUGCAACGAGCCCUGUGUCAGGCAGUGCGAGGACUCCCGUGUCGUUAUCCAGCCUUCCACCGUGGUCGUCACCCUGCCAGGACCCAUCCUCAGCUCCUUCCCACAGAACACCGCCGUCGGAUCCUCCUCAUCCGCUGCCGUGGGCAACAUCCUCAGCUCCCAGGGAGUGCCCAUCUCCUCCGGUGGCUUUGGCUACGGCUUCGGCUUUGGAGGCCUGGGCUGCUUCGGCGGCAGAAGAGGCUGCUACCCCUGCUAA